ACAUUCACAUCGCGAGUAAAUAUAGGGAAGAAGCGCGGCGCAAGAGGUUCGUAUGUCAAGGGUUCAGUGGCUGACUAGUUGGGCUCUUUUUAUUAAUACAGCAUUCACAGGUCGCGUUACCUUAACUUACCCCCGGGAUGAACGGGAUGGGGGCGCGCAUGCUUUUCGGGGGCGCGCUGUCCGCCACCAUGCCGCAGAGUGCCCGCGACAUCAGUGAGCUGAGGGAGAUCCCAGACAACCAGGAGGUGUUUGCACACAGCAGCACGGACCAGAGUUUCAUCGUAGAGCUGCUGGAGUAUCAGGGCCACGUAGCGGAUAGCGAUGCGGCCAGGUAUCACUUUGAGGAUGUGGCGGGCAGUAAUGAAGCGGCGGCCCAUGGUGCCUCUGAAGUGAGGGCCGUGGAGCUCAUCCCCAAAGAUCUUCUGGCGAUGACGGAGUGCAGCUCUGCCUGGCUGCUGACGGGGACUCAGCAGGUCUCCAAGUUCAAUGAGGAGGCCCGAAACACAGUGAACAUCCACCUGGGCCUCUUCAGGCUCCCACAGUUCGCCACCGACAUCUUGGUGACCUUCAAUGACCCCAUUAUCAUCAGUACCUUAAGCAGCAGCGCAGGAGUGGCGGCCCCUGGAGCAGUGGCCCCCUGGACCAUGCAGGACUUUCAGCAGCUGCUCCGGUCCUUGAAGAUCCUGGAUGCGGGGGUGUUUGGGUAAGAGAUCGUCCAGGAACUUCUGAGUGCAGCCCAUCACCACCGUCUUUGCCCCAGUCAGCCUCACCGCGCUGUUAGCCCCUGGACUUCACCACGUCUUAAACCAACAGCGACCCGGCGCUGUUGCCUUUUAGGAACCAAAACCGGAACUCAAAGCUUGAUGCUCAAAAUCCCAGGAAGGGAAUUGCUGUUGUACCCGCUAAUCAGAGACCUUUAAGUUCAGCUUCAAACUUGAGUGAAAGUGUGAAGUUGUCCACUAGUGUAGUGUUGUGUGACAGGUCAGCAAGGACAGGAUACAACCUUGGCUUAACCUGCGAUACUUCUCUUGGACUCCAGGGGGAGCAGGAGGUUUGUGGAUUAUCUGUAUCCUUGGUGGGCAGUAUUCAAGAUGAAUGUGUUGGGGGAAGCAGUCGUCCUAAUGACUGAGUAUUUAGGCUUCAGUGUUUACCCAGUUAUGAAAUACUCCUCAGAAAAACAACACAUUUAGAAUUUGCUUAGGAAGCCCACAGUAGCUGGGACUGCUGUGAGCCAGAAUCAGUGCAGUGACCAAUGGGGUUAAGCCCUUCAUGAUUGACAGUGCAGAGAAAUCCCGCCCACUGCUGGUUUGAAAAUACUGUAGCUCCCCCUGCUGUUCAGGUUGUGUUAAUGUGUACAAUGCCUUGGAAGUCGCGAAGUGUGGCGAGGAAGGACAAAUGUCAGCGGGCAGGUGACAUCUUGUGUGCUGUUUAGUGAAACGUUUGGAGCUGUUUUUUCUGCAGACCUCACAGAUUUUUGUUACAUCCCUUACGUCUUAUUCCUGCCAUUCCUGGUGAUUUAUUUUCCUGUCAGAUGGACAUUGCCACCUUCACUGUCUUUUAAUGCUAAUUUUUUAUAGCAGCGAGUGAGCUGUUCACCCCAAGCGUUCUCUGUGUAUUUUUGCAGUACUGUGUUGACAGUACCUGAACAUGUUUGCUUCUGCCCCAUUAAAAUAGGCCGGUAUGCCUGUUACCUCGUAAAUAAA